AGCAACAAAUCGAUCUGUUUCACAAUAUUGAAUGGAAGUGUAUUGAUGAUGGAGUCUUUUAUGCAAGGAUUGAAUCAAGAAUUUGAUGAUGUUCGAGGACGUAUACUUGGCACGAAACCUUUACCCAACCUAAAAGAGGUGUUUGCUGAAGUUCGGUGAGAAGAAACAAGGAGAAAAGUGAUGUCCUCUCUAGUACAAAGCUCAUCCACCUAAAUAGUAGUCCAGGGAUUUGCUUUAGCAGCUAAAUGAAAUGAAGGGUACAAUAAAAAAGCAACUCUUGGAAAGGACAAGCGGAUGUGGUGUGAGCAUUGUAAGAAGUCCAAUCAUACCAAAGAUAUGUGUUGGGAUAUUUAUGGCAAGCCUUCAGAUUGGAAGCCACGAAGCUAGAGAAAAAAGAAUGUUUAUGUGGUAGAGAUUACAACUGGUGCAGCCUUUCAAUCAUUUACAAUAGAACAUAUGAAAAUGCUUCAAAAAUUGAUGACUUCCUUAUCAAUGACUGAUGCCUCUAGAUCUGUCGCAUCAACUUCUACUAGUUCUGCAGCACUUACAUCACAUAAAGGAUUUGUCAUUAGAGAGGACGAUUGGGAAUGUUAAAAAGCGAAAUGGUCUCUAUUACUUGUCAGGGAUACAAGCUGAGUUGAUCCUGGGAACAAUUGCAAGAAGAGCAAAGCCAACUGGCAACUCCGAUGGUGACUACUUGGAAGAUAGGAUUACAUUUAGUGAGGAUAAGCUAAUGGACUCCAAUAGCAAGGCUGUCAUGAUGGCUUGGGAGAAACCACUGAUGGAGGCACAUGCAAAGGCUGUUUGCUCAGGAGGUGGGCACAUACUGAACAUUGGAUUUGGAAUGGGACUUGUGGAUGCUGCAAUACAGCAAUAUGCACCUAGUACCCACACCAUUGUUGAGGCUCACCCUGAGGUCUAUGACCGUAUGCUUCGUGCUGGUUGGGGUGAGAAGGAGAAUGCAAACAUAAUAUUUGGUCGUUGGCAGGAUGUUCUUCCUCAACUCAAAUCUUAUGAUGGUAUUUUCUUUGACACUUAUGGGGAGUAUUAUGAAGAUAUGAGAGAAUUCCACCAGCAUCUUCCUUCAUUGUUGAAACCUGGUGGCAUCUACUCAUUUUUUAAUGGCCUUUGUGGAGGUAAUGCCUUCUUUCAUGUUGUAUACUGUCAGUUGGUUUCUCUAGAACUGGAGAGUUUGGGUUAUUCCACACAGUUCAUACCACUACCUGUAAAGAAUUGUUUGGGAGAAGAAGUUUGGGAGGGUGUGAAACACAAAUAUUGGCAGUUGGACACAUAUUACCUCCCUGUUUGUCAGUCUAUACAGGAUUCUGAAUAAUACUUUGGUUCAAUAUUUCUUCUUGAUCUUUAAUAUGGUUAAUCAGUGGAGAAGUCAGUAUCUUUUACUGUUCAUGUCAUCCUUUGUUAGAAUUUUGGAUGGUUAGGGAUUAUAUAGAAUUGAUCCUUUAUGAAUCUAAUGCUUGUGGCCAUAUUCUUCUUGAA